UCUCUAUAUAUCUUCUAUCUUCUAUAUAUUUAGCAUUGAUGUGUAGAUGCAUUUCAGCAGUUGUUCACUACCUUUACACUUCUGGGGGUGUUUCGUCUACUACUGGAGCGUUGAUGUUUUACAGUGAAAUGAUAACAUUUUCAAUUUUGUCGAUGGAUGUUUUUGUGUCUCCAUUUCUGGAACUAUUCAUUUGGCCUUGAUCUGUUUCUUCUGUCCUUUCUCCUUCUUAGGGAAUACCUAGGAAUAUAUUAAAAAUGAAAUGUAGGUAUUCUUUAUGCUCUGCAUGUUGUAUUUGGCUUUCUUUGUUUUGCAGAUAGUCAUAUGUUUCUGUUAUAUCGUAUUCUUUGAAAUUCUUUUCCAUUGUUUGUAAUAAUUGAUUGUCAAAUUCUCUCUCUUUCUAUCUGUAUGCCUUAUUUGCUUUACUUCGUGCAUUCUCAAAAUCUCUGCUUCUUUCUCAGCUCUUUCCUGUCAUGAUUUUCUAUGUAUUUUAUUCCUGUAUUCUAUCGCUUGGUUGCAGGAGACGUCAAACCAGAUACUUAUUUUUCUUUUUGCAGGUUGUUGUCCUAGAUUUUGCAUUUGCUGCUUCUAUUAUUGUUCUUCUAAUGCUAUUCUUUUGUUCUUCAAUUGACGGGUAUCAGUAGGCACCAGUUUUUAUUCAAAGCUUUCCCUCAUUUCCUGGUUUCUAAGAUUAUUAACGUAUAUUCGUUUAGGGCUCUGAUGCUUAGUGUUGUUUUUUGAGAUUCUGUGUUUGAAUUUGUCUUGUGCAUGUCUUAAGUAAUAAAAUUAUGUUCUUGCAAUUAACAGUUAGUUGCAAGGACGCCGGACGUCUAAAGAAUGGAAGGAGUAGAUUCGUAAUUUUGAAAACGUUUUUAUUAUUUUCACUUAUUAGAAACAGCAAGAAAUAAUUUCUGUGGAGUUUCACUCAUUAAUAAAUUGAUCAUUGUCCUUUACCUUUUAUCGAUGAACACUUGGUAUAAAUAGCCGACUCAGCCAAAUCUUAUUUCAACCCAACAACUGUUUGGCUGAAAGUUCAAAACUUAGAAAAGUAUUAUGUGUCAUGUUCUUCAUAAAGGUUUUGCAUAAAAUAAAAUUGUUUGGCAGAUUGGGUUUGCAUUCUCAAAGCAUUAUCACAAAUAUGUAUCAUCACAAAUAUUAGCUAACACGUUCUGUCCAUCUUGGCAUCACAUGUUAACCAACAGCGGCGAUCCUACUUCAUGUAGUGCCAAAGCCGUUAUUCUCAGUAGCCAAGAAAAGACGGGGGUGGUGGAUUUCAGCUUUAUUUCAUAAGUGACCAGAAGACGGAUGCGGCUUAACAAUUUUUCAAGAAUACUUUCUACGGAUUUUAUAUACUUGGUAAAAGUCUCAACUCAAAUGAAAGCUAUGUAAAAACAACAAGUAGCAGUAACAAAAUUCAUAGAUGGACUAGGGAGAAGAAAAAUUAGGUUAACAGCUAGAAAUUGGUCUACAUCAAUUUUGACUUCAGGAAGGCCCUGAAGCAGAAUCAACAAAAUGUAUCGGCCUUCACCUUGAUAGCAUAUUAAACUGGAGGCAUCAUGUUAGACACGAAGUUUCGCAGGUUAGACUCAAAAGUAGACAAACAUACUUAGUCGGUAGAUGCUCCCAAUUUAAUCUGCAAUUAAAGAGGCUAGUUUAUCAGUUCUAAGCCAUCCUAUGAAUUAUCCUAUGGUUAUAUCCUAUGAAUUAAUCCAACGUAGUCAAAACAACGCAUUUCUUAGACUAAUUAAAUAAAUAGAGAAAUUUCUUAGAUUACCAAUGCUUAUCGUUAUGUAACCAAUCAAGAACUGCACGAUGACCUUGUUGAACCAAAUAGGUAUAGUGAAGUAACCAUAGACCUAGAUAAUUAUUUAAUUAUUAUUAGGGAACUUACACUUCCUACCCCAAUUUGUAACUAUCCUUUUUUUAAAUGCAUUUUCAUGGAUUUUAGUCACUAUUAACCGAAAUUGUACAUUAUUUAAACGAUUGCAUUUUAAAAUUCGCAAUGGUUAAAUAACCUUCAUUUAUAAUGUUAUGUAAUUUUAUCUCACAUAAGUGUCUUGUCUCAUUUUUUUAAUAAACAAAUGUCUCCAUAGCUGAUUUAUGAUUAAUUGAGUACGCGAUAAAAUAAGCCCGAUUAUAACUUGGUGUACAUUACGAUUUACGUUACCAAGUUGAUGUGUUGCUAACAGAAUGUCUGUCGAAAAGAAAGUUGUUCUUGUAACCGGGGGUGCUUCAGGGAUUGGAUUAGGGAUUACAAAAGCGUUAUUAAAGAAUAAUGCUAAAGGUGUGGUCAUUGCUGACAUAAACGACAAAACAGGCGAAGAACUUUCCAGACAAUUAAAUGAAGAAUUUGGAAAGGGAAAAGUUAUGUUUAUUAAAACAAAUGUUGCUGAUAAAGAUCAAUUUGAGAAUGCAAUGAAAAAGACGGUUGAAACUUUUAAACAUUUUGAUAUUUUAGUAAAUAACGCUGGUAUAUUUCAUGAUAAUUUAUACGAAAAGGAAAUUUCAAUUAAUUUGAUCGGUGUAAUUCAUGGUUGUCGAUUAGCUAUGGAUACAUAUUUAAAAGACUAUAAAUCCUCUUCCGAAGGCAUCAUUAUUAACAUUGCAUCCGUUCUGGGGUUACAAAGUUCUCCAGCAUUACCAGUUUACACCGCAACUAAACAUGCAGUCAUUGGUUUGUCCAAAUCACUUUCAACACAACUCCAUUAUGAAACAACAAAAGUUAAAAUAAUUACAAUAUGUCCCGGAUUUACGAAUACCCCAAUUUUAACGUUACCAGAAGAACAUUUUUUUAAUGAUCGAUGUUAUAAGGCUUUACGUGCAUAUAUUGAUCAGCCUUCAUUAAAAUUACAAAGUGUGGAUGAUGUAGGUAAAGCAUUGAUUUCGAUUAUCACUGAAGGUGAAAAUGGAUCUAUUUGGGUUGUUGAUGGCGAUAAUGUUGCAUCAGUUUUUAUUCCACCAAUUCAAGAAUUAAAGAAAAUUAAAACGAUUAAUACUUUAGUGAAAAUGUAUGUUAAAGGUAAAGUGGCUAUGGUGACUGGUGGCGCGAAUGGAAUUGGUUUAUGUUAUGUAAAAGAGUUAUUAAAAAACUCUGCAAAGGGUGUUACAAUAGGUGAUUUAGAUCCUAAACGAGGAGAGGAAGUUGUUGAUGAAUUAUCUAAAGAAUAUGGGAAUAAUAGGGUCAUUUUUGUUAAAUUAGAUGUUACUAAUAAAAAAGAAGUUGAAGAUGGAAUGAAAAAAACGGUGGAAAUUUUCAAAAAUUUUGAUAUAAUGAUAAAUAAUGCUGGAGUAAUGAAUGAUGCGAUUUGGGAAAAACAAAUUGAUAUUAACAUUAAAGGAACCGUAUAUGGUUGUUUAUUAGCAAUGGAUGAAUACAUUCCAAAAUAUAAAACAUCCUCAGAAGGAGUAAUCAUUAAUAUCUCAUCAAUUUUUGGUAUAGAACCUUUCGGAGGGUUACCUAUAUAUACAGCAACUAAACAUGCAGUAAUAGGAUUGAGCAGAUCGUUGACACAACCACCUUUAGAUAAAGAGAAUAUAAAAAUAAUUACAAUUUGUCCUGGUCCAACUACAACGGCUUUAUUAAAAGAUUUAAUUUUUAAAACGCCAAAUAAUUCCUUGGAGAAAUAUGUUCAUGCUAUUGAUCAUUAUAGAAAAGUAAUGAAAGGAUUUCAAGAGCCAUCAUUUGUAGCUGAAAAUGUAAUACGUUUGAUGGAAGUAGCAAAAACUGGAACAAUUUGGAAUAUUGAGGAAAACAAAGUGUUUGAAGUUAUUAUUCCGGAUAAAGAAGAUCUCUUAAAAAAAUAAUUUAUAAUAAAUUUAUAAAACAUAAUAAUUUAUGUCCUUUAAUCAAUGUUUGAAUAAAGCAAAAUUAUAUUUUAGAAUGUGA